AUAUAAGGGAAGUGGAAUCACAAGUCAAAUACUUUUGAUUAGAAAAGAUAGAGAACAAAAAAAUAUGGUUGGCUUAGCCCCUAUUUUAUUUGCUCUCUUGCUAGGACUACCAAUAUUUGCUUAUAUUCUUGUGCAAAUAUUCUUUGUAGCACUACAUGAUCAUAAAAACCCCGCUAAAAACUUGCCUCCUGGAAGCAUGGGAUGGCCCUUGUUUGGAGAGACCCUUGGCUUCCUUAAACCUCAUUGUUCCAACACCCUCGGAAGCUUCUUGGAACAACAUUGCUCUAGAUAUGGGAAGGUUUUUAAAUCGAAUCUAUUUGGUUCACCAACCAUAGUUUCAUGCGACCUUGAGCUCAACGCGUUUAUUCUCCAGAACGAAGAGAAGCUUUUCCAAGCCAGCUACCCCAAGCCCAUCCAUGGCAUUCUUGGAAAGCAUUCUUUGCUCACUGUCACCGGCGAGCUUCAUAGAAAGCUUAGAAACAUUGGUGUCAGCUUCAUUGCCACCUCUAAGUCCUCGCCGGAUUUCCUCCAUUGGGUUCAGAAGCUGUCUAUCUCAAUGAUGGAGUCGUGGAAUGGCUGCGAACAAGUCUUCUUCUACAAACAAACUAAAGCGUUUACACUCCGUCUAAUGGUGAACCACCUUCUGAGCGUUAAACCGGAUGAGCCGCUAGCCUCGAGAAUAUUACAAGACUUUGAAACCUACAUGACGGGCUUUGUGUCUUUGCCGUUAAACAUUCUGGGAACCGCUUAUGCCAGGGCUGUGAAGGCUAGAGCAAGGCUUUCUUUCUCUGUUAAAGAGAUUAUGACAGAAAGAAGAAAAGGGAAAGCUAGUGGGCAGCUCAGAGGAGGAGAAGAAGACUUCUUAGACGUGAUACUGUCGAAACAGAGUCUAACGGACGACGAAGAAAUAGUGAGCAUUGUGUUGGAUAUAAUGCUCGGAGGCUACGAGACAACAGCGACCCUUAUGUCAUUGAUUGUCUACUUUCUCGGCCAUGCGCCAAUUGCUUUUCACAAAUUAAAGGAAGAACACCAAACGAUAAGGGAAAACAAAAAGGAUGGGGAAUUGUUAAAUUGGGAAGAUUACAAGAAAAUGGAUUUUACUGACUAUGUUAUAUAUGAAGGUAUGAGGUGUGGGAAUGUAGUCAAAUUUGUGCACAGGAAAGCUCUUGUAGACGUCAAAUUUAAAGAAUUCCUGAUACCAUCUGGAUGGAAGGUUCUUCCAAUUUUUACGGGGGCGCAUAUGGAUCCAGAUCUUCAUGAGAAUCCCACAGAGUUUGAUCCUUGGAGAUGGAUUAAUAAUUUUAAAGAAAUGAGCAAAAAGGUGACAGUGUUUGGUGGUGGAUCAAGGCUUUGUCCGGGAGCUGAACUCGCUAAAGUAGUCAUUUCAUUCUUCCUUCAUCAUCUUAUCCUUAGUUAUAGAUGGAAAACAAAAUCAGAUGAUUGCCCACUUGCUUACCCUUACGUGCAAUUUCGGAGAGGUUUGUUAUUAGAAAUUGAACCAGCUGCUUCAGAUCAACAAGAAAAGGAAAACAAAUCGAUAUAAUUCUGUAGAAAAUGUGACGGCCAAAAAAGGCUGUGACUGAUCGAGUUGUAUUAGGUUGUGAAAAAUCUUUUUAUGUAUUUUCUUACAAUAUUGAAUUGGAAUGUAGUUUAAUUUUCUUUUGUAUUUUACAUGUAAUUAUACUCUGGUGUUCUAUCUGUUUAUGACAUAUUAGUUCUUAA